AGCGCGUGAUGUUACCAACGGCCGUACCGCAAAGACAGCAACAUGGAUGGUUGCGGUCGAGAGGUACGACUUGAGUACAAGGGGCGUCGUCUUACUGGAAGCGGCACGAUCGACUGGUCCGAAGACGACUAAACCCGUACACCAGAUAGGGUUUCAUUGCCCAUGAAAAUUCAAGCGCGUGAUGAUACCGACAGCCGCACCACAAAGACAGCGCCACGGAUGAAGGCGGUGUCGCGGAGUUUUCGUGUUGCAAAGCAGCUGUCUAGAGCCGCAGGGCUUGCGGCAGCAGUCCCUGCUCAAGCCCGUGAAGAGGCCAAGGAUCAGGACAGCCUGAGUUUCUCAAGCAAGAGCGACAAGCAGAAGCAACGACAUAGCGUCACUCAUCAGCCGCUUGGAAAGCCGCAACCUCCUCUAUCGAAAGCAUAUACACCCACAGUACCACAUUCUCCAAUCCCAUUACUCGGCAUGUACAACCAUGUCGUCACCAUGCAGUAACCAUCAUCGCCUUCUCAGAUGCAACCCAGCCCCUCGCGACGCACUCCUUACCGUUUCUGGCGCCAAUACUAUGUUCGGGCCAGCUUGUCAAACUUCUUCUCUAGACCGAGGCUGGAGCGAGAAUAGUUC